AUGCUUUCUUCAACUAGUCAACGCACAUUUACAGGUUCGAACUUUGCUAACUGCAUUGAGUUUGUCCUGAAUGGAAAGAAGAUGGUCCUCGAAGAAGGAACAUUCGAUCCAACAAUGUCUUUGGCCUCUUGGUUAAGAUUGGACGAAACCAAUCUUAAAGGUACAAAGAUCGGCUGUGGUGAAGGUGGUUGUGGUGCCUGCACCGUACUUGUCUCCUCAUUCGACCCAAUUUCGAAAACAAUUCGCCAUAGAUCGGUUAACUCUUGCCUUAUGCCAGUUGCCCAGGUACAUCACCAAACUAUUACAACAAUCGAAGGCUUAGGCACUGUAGAAAAAGGAAUUAACCCAAUCCAGCAAGCUUUUGUCGAGCAUCAUGGUACACAGUGCGGCUACUGCACUCCAGGCUUCAUCAUGAACGGAUAUUCUCUUCUCCUUGAAAAUCCAAAGCCAACGACCCAUCAGAUUGAUGAGCAUUUCGAUGGAAACUUGUGCAGAUGCACCGGCUAUCGUGGAAUCCAAGAAGCAAUGAGAGAAUUUUCCACAGAUAACAAACCAAACGAUUCUUCUGUAAAGGAUACAUAUCAGAAAUCAAAGGCUACUAACGUUGUUCCUGAAGUUCCUAUCGAAUUCCAAGGAUCAUGCGAACACCCAGUUCGUUUGCACUACAAGAACUACGACUUCUACAUCCCAACAACUGUUGAGCAGGUUUUGGAGAUCAAGAAAGAAAAUCCAAAAGCCGAAAUAAUUGUUGGUGGCUCAGAAGUCCUUAUCGACAUCAAAUGGGCCGGUCCCACACGUCCAGUAUAUAUCUCUACGCAUCGUAUUCCAGAACUCUACAACAUUUCGAUCAAAGACGGAAAUCUUACUUUCGGAGCAAAUACAUCUCUCCAAGACAUCGAGAUGUUCUGCAAGCACCAGUUAUCAGUUGUCAAGCCACACGAAGGCCGUAUCCUUCGCGAACUUGCUGAUCGCCUUGCAGUUUUCUCUUCUACACAGAUUCGUAAUACAGCAUGCGUUGUUGGCAACAUUGUCCAUGCCGGCGCUGUUACAGACAUGUCCAAUUUCUUACUUGCUGCUGAUGCAAUCUUACAUAUCAAGAACGCAGAUACAGGCAAGUUCAGACUUGAACCGAUGACAGAUUUCUUCACCGGAUACAGGAAGAUCAAAUUAUCUCCACAAGAUGUCAUUACUCAGAUCGAUGUUCCUUUGAUGAAGGAAAACGAGCACUUCUUUGUUUUCAAACAAGCUCAUCGUCGUGAAGAUGAUAUCUGCAUCGUUUCUUCCGCAUUCAAAGUCCGUAUUUCUCCAGAUAAUAAGAUCGAAUACAUUUCCCUUGGAUAUUCAGGUAUGGCCGCCUUCCCACAACGCGCAAAGAAGGCAGAGAAGUUCCUUAUUGGCAAGGAAUUCACAUUACCAAACAUCCAAGAGGCAAUGCGCAUAGUUAAUGAAGAAGAUUUACCACUUACUGAGAAUGCACCAGGUGGACAUGUUGAAUUCCGCCGUGAACUUGCUCGCUCAUUCCUCUUCCGCUUCUUCCACCAGACAGAGAAAGAGCGCGGCCGUCCACACGAUGAAUCAGCCUGUGGCAUCAUCGAACGUCCAGGUGCUGAGUUCUCUGUUACACGCGCAAACAUGAUCAUUGAUGGUCAGAUGAAAGAAGACGUCAAACUGAAGAAACAGCCAAACUACGUCCAUUCACCACUUCACAUGCGUUCAAGUGCACAACAGACAACAGGUGAAGCUGUUUACACCGAUGAUUUACCAACAUUUCCACAUGGUUUGCACGCUUAUUUCGUUUUGAGCACAAUUCCACACGGAAAGAUUGUCAAAGCAGAUUAUUCCAAGUGCUUGGAAUAUCCAGGAGUUGUUGAUGUUGUCACAUACAAAGACAUCAAAGGUGUCAACUGGGUUGGCGAUGUCAUGAAAGAUGAACGCGUUCUUGCAGAAGACGAAGUUGUCUUCGAAGGACAACCAAUAGCCAUGGUCAUUGCUAAAGACCAAGUUACAGCUUACAGAGCAUCAAAACUCGCUAAGAUUGAAUACAAAAAACUUCCAGCAAUUGUAUCAAUACAAGAUGCAAUCAAAGCUAAGUCAUACUAUCCAAUCCAUCACCAAGUUGCUGAUGGUGAUAUCGAGAAAGGAUUCAAAGAAGCUGAUUACGUCAUCGAAGGAAAUACAUCAAUGGGCGUUCAGUCUCAUUUCUACUUGGAAACACACGCAUGCCAAGCUGUUCCAGGAGAAAACGGACAUCUCAACAUCUACGCUUCCACACAGAAUCCAACAUUCACACAAGCAGAAAUCGCUCGUGUCUGCAACAUUCCAGCCAACCAAGUUGAAGUCCACGUAAAGAGAUUGGGAGGUGGAUUUGGAUCUAAGGAAACAAGAUCAAUCAUGAUUUCAAACGCUGUUGCCGUUGCAGCACAGAAAUUGAAACGCCCUGUCAGAAUGGUUCUCGACAGAAACGAUGACAUGGCAAUCAUGGGCGGUCGCCAUCCAUUCUACGCAACAUACAAAGUUGGCUUCAACCGCGAUGGCAGAAUCAUCUCAUACAAGACAGAUAUGUACGCUGACUGCGGCUGGUCACUUGACUUGAGUUUGGCCAUCACAGACAGAGCAUUACUUCAUGCUGAUUCAUCAUACAAGAUUCCAAAUCUCUGUGCAGAUACAUGGAUGUGCAAGACAAACAACAUGUCACACACUGCUUUCCGUGGUUUCGGUGCUCCACAAGGUGUCUUAGUUAUGGAAACAGUUCUUGAACACGUCGCAAACUACUUGAAGAAGCCAGUCAAUGACAUCCGCUACAUGAACUUGUAUCGUGAAGGCGAUGUCACUCAUUUCGGAACUGUUUUGGAUAACUGCAACGUUGUUCCAUCAUGGCAAUACAUCAAGAACAGAUUCGACAUCAACAAGGAACGUAAGCGCAUUGAAGAAUUCAAUGCUACACACAAGUACAAGAAGCGUGGUUUGGCCAUGGCUCCUUUGAAGUUCGGUAUCGCAUUCACAUUCGGAACAUUGAACCAAUCUGGCUGUUUGAUCCACAUCUACAAAGAUGGCACAAUCCUUUUGUCACACGGUGGUGUCGAAAUGGGUCAAGGCCUUCAUACAAAGAUGUGCCAAGUCGCAGCUUCAGCACUUAAUGUUCCAAUUGACUUGAUCCACAUCGAAGAAACAUCAACAGACAAAGUUGCAAACACAUCAGCAACAGCUGCUUCAUCUGGCGCUGAUUUGAACGGCCAUGCUAUUUUACAUGCUUGCGCACAGUUGAACAUGCGUUUGGCUAAGUACAGAACACCAGGCAGAUCAUGGGCUGAUGCAUGCCGCGCUGCAUGGUUCGACAAAAUUGAUUUGACUGCUCAUGGAUACUACGGUAUGCCAAAUGUCGGAUUCGAUUUCGUCAAGAAACAAGGAAUGCCAUUCCAGUACUACGUUUACGGUGCUUCUGCAAGUGAAGUUGAAAUCGACACAUUGACAGGCGACCACCAAGUCAUCAGAUCAGACAUUGUUUUCGAUGCAGGAGAUCCACUUAACCCAGCUAUCGACAUGGGUCAGAUCGAAGGUGGUUUCUUGCAAGGCUACGGCUGGUUAACAAUGGAAGAGUUCAUCACUGGCGAUGAGAAGAACAAAUGGGUUCGUCCAGGCCACGUACAGACAAACGGACCAGGCUACUACAAGAUUCCAGGAUGGAAUGAUGUUCCAAUCAAGUUCCACGUCGGUUUGUUGCCACACUCACAGAACCCACUCGGUGUUUACUCAUCUAAAGCUAUUGGUGAACCACCCCUUUUGCUUGCAAACUCUAUUGCAUUUGCUAUUGUCGAUGCUAUCAAGUACAGUCGCAAGGAAAACGGUCUCUCCGAUGACUUCCAGAUCGACUACCCAUUAACAUCAGACAGAAUUCGCGUGCUUUCAGCACCAAAGAUUUCGAAGUAA